GUCGGAUUAGUGUGGCUUGCACUCAAGCAGACUGACACUUUUUUUUUGCCUUCGAUUCCUGCGAUCGAUCUCGACAACCGGAAUCCCUCGCCAACGCUCUCUUUUCUCAUUUUCGACAUACUCACCACUCACACACACUUUUGCAUUUCCUUUGUCAUUUUUUGUUAAUUCUACCUUUAUUGCAUUUAAUCUGAUUUCAAUCUAUUGUCCCAUACGCACACACGUAUACACCACAUCUAUAACACACCGCAUCUGUACCUAGAAGAGCAAGAACACCUCGUCCACCAUGCAAGACAAAGAACUUAACGACACACCCGAAACAUUCCUUGCCGAAGGAGCCACAAAGCGAUUUAAGUUUCAAUCCUUUAAUACGCUUGUCGAUCGUAUAAAAGUCGAUGUUGUGCGACGAUCCCGACUUGUCGAAGAAGAUCCCGAUGAAUUCGAUUCCUUCUUUUAUCAAGCAUUAUUAUCAUGGAAGGAUUUGAACCUGACAAAGAAUUUCAAAACCUUUGAACGCGAAAUGACCCCGUUGUCGAAAACCUUGCCUUCCAUUAUCUACAACAAGGAUAAAAUUGUCGACGUCCUGGAGAAACACUUAUUAGUAAAAGAUAGUACAGCCUUUGAUGCUUUGCUAGAUUUGGUGACGAAAUUGGCAAAGGAUCUCGAAGGCGAAUUCUAUCCAUACUUUCCUCGUUUGCUUUCUGCUAUGCUACCACUUGUUCAUCACCGAGACGUUCGAUUGCUCGAGAGCUUGUUUAACGCCAUUGCAUACUUGUUCAAAUACCUCGCACGACAAAUUCUACCCGACCUUUGCUCAACGUUUACGCUGAUAUCCAGCUUAUUGGGCGAAGAUCACAAACAAAAGCCAUACAUUCGACAUUUUACAGCCGAGGCAUUUGCAUUUUUACUGAGAAAAACGCGUAACAAGGAUUUCGCAAAAAUAGCUGCACAUAUUUUGACAUCGCUACGAGAAAAUCCAUCAGAACAAUAUACCGAGGGUCUUGCUAUGCUUUUCUUUGAAUGCAUGAAGCAAGUGGAUCAUCAACUUCAUUCAAGAGCAAGUGCCAUGUACAAGGAGUUAUCAAGUCAAGCGUUAGACGAGAAAGUGAAUUUGGAAGAUUUGGAAUCGAAUGCAUUGUACAACUUGAUUCUGAAAACUACAUUACUGGUUUUGCAUCAUACCAACGCACAGCACCUUGGCGAGUUUAUCAAUGUGAUCCUGCAACAAGUGGACGCGGAACUUGAACGAAAGAAAUUGGAUCAAAAGCGGUUAACUAUGCUUGUUUCAUCGCUCAAGCUGAUCGUUACUGUGCGCGGAGGAAGCAGAGUUCAAGAAUAUGCACCCAUUGUACAGCGUAUGCAGGCUGUCGCAAAAAUGCUGUUUACGACGAAGACGACGUAUUCGAAUCUUCUCUAUGCCGAGGCAUUGAAUGUCACAACGGGAAUUCUUGCAUUGGGAUCACUUGAAAGUGUCUUGAGUGGUGGUCGACUUAUUCUGGAAUCGAUUGUAGCGUUCAAAGAUCCAGAGCUGGUGUAUGGAUUCUUUUUGGGACUGUCCAAGUUGGAAUGGACUGAUUUUGCUCAAGUCAUGUUACCUUAUAUUGUCAAGUACACAGCAGAAAAGUUUGACAACUUCCCAGAGCAAACAGUUUUGUUAUUGGCAGAGCUGACUUCAUCCGGCUCACUUGAACUUCCUGAGGGCACGUUGUCAUCAUCUUUGACAGCUGAAGGUCUUUUACGUCUGCCAGCAGUCAAGGGUAAAUCGGUUGCAGAUGGGUUGAUGGAAAUGCUGCACAAGACGUAUGAUUGGAACAAGGAGCGGGAUACACUUAAUGAGAUCGAUAUCAACAACCGCGAUAUGGAGUCCACAUCUAUCAUCACCUCUUUAUCUGCAGCUGCCUAUGUCUUGCCGCGCGUCCAUGUUGAUUUGAAUAGUGCACUUGAAGCACUGCUUGCAGUAAUCGAUUCUGUUACCAACCAUUUGACACUCCAGUCCGAUGGAGACAACCAUGCUAUCAACACACCGCUGGUCAUUGCGCACAAGAACUUUGUUUUGGAAGCACUUGUGGGUCAAGCUAUUGAGUCACUUGCCAAACUUGCAUCCGACAACAAUGCGGUACAAAAGACGAGCCAUUUGCAUGACAAGCUUGUGGACUAUAUGCUUCGAAACCAUGGUCACAAUGAAAUGGUUCUUCGUGGUGUUUUCACGUACUUGGAUAUGCUUCGAGCAGACACGCAAUACAAUGACAAAUUCACUGUGGAACGAUUGGAACAAAUAUAUCCAUUAAUCAAAGAGAACCUCGGCUCGUACCAAAUGAACUGCCGUUUAUACACUUGUAAGAUUAUUGCCUUGUACGACCAACCAUUGAUGGAAAAGGACAAGCAACACACAGACGACGAGCCUUGCGAACUGCCUCAAGUAGCUGUGGAUCUGGAAGAAGCCUCCAUGUCCUUAGUAGAUUUCCGUGACAAAAUCAUGUAUACCCAGAAACUCGGCGUGAUUUUGGAAACUGGACGUGUGCCCGAAUUGUAUACCGACUUUGUCUUGCGUUAUGGUCUUGGUAUUUUGAACAUCCAGUUGCGACCCCUGUGGACUGAAGUCAGAAAGGUGCUGGCCAUGUGCGCGGCUAAUGAUCGCGAAUCCUACUGGACCUUGUGUUUCGGAGAACUGUCCAAGUUUGAUGAUCAAAAGCAGUUGGUGCGGGAUGGGUUUACCAGUGAUGCCCUCGUUGCUGCAAAUGCAGAUUUUCCUGCUGCUGGUCAAUCCACGAGCAAGAAAGCAACCAAGACCGGCAGUAUCACGUUUGAGUGUCAUACAUUGGACAAGUUUUCUGGCGUGCAAGAUCAUUCUAUGGCCUUGAUGGGUAAUGAAAAGGCAAACGGCUAUGUUGCCCUUUUCGUAAAGUUGUCUGGUCAAGAAAAUGCACGCAUGGACUACUGGCAUUACUACACCUUGAUUCUGCAAACGCUCAAGGGCACACCUGCUGUUACCGAGCAACGUGCUCGCCAUUUGAUCCCAACUUUUUUCAAAUUCGUCGAGACUGAGUUUAACAGCAUUGUAAACGAAGACGAGCACUUUACAAACGGCGAACCCAAAGCCAAGGAUGAGGACGCCAUGGAUAUCGAUACUACCACUGAAAGUGACUUCACGCUUCUGAGACGUUCGCGCGGUAUCAUCAAGGCGCGGAUGAUCAGCUGGUUGGAAAUGUUUGCCGUGUUCACCAACCCCAAGGUCAUGUACAAGACCGAGGACAUGUUUACCAUUUUGAUGCGUCUGCUCAGUAAAGGUGAACCCCCAUUACAAAAGGCCGCGCUCGAGUGUGUUUUCACAUGGAAGAACCCAAGCGUGAUUCAGUACACCGACAAUCUACGUAACCUGCUCAAUGAGCAACGUUUCCGUCACGAAGUAUUUGCGUUCUUGUCAACCGACGAAGUGCAAGCAUCGAUUGAUCCUGCCCAUCGUGAGCAAUUGAUGCCUAUCGUUAUGCGUAUCUUGUACGGCCGACUUGUGCAACCUGCUCCACGACGUACCAAAUCCGGUGCUCGCGUCAACAAGGAGUCUCGUCGUAAUGCUAUUCUCAAUGCUGUGGCCAUUUGUCAGCCUACCGAAGUCCAGUAUUUCCUCGAUUUAGCACUAGCUCCUUUCAAGUCUGUCCUUGAAUUGCCCGAGGGCGAUCAUGACAAGACAACGGGUGCGUUGACUGAAUUUAAGCUUGACGAACGUCGUGGCAAUCAACUUCUGGAACAUAUUCCAUUGGGUCGGCAAGCGGGUUAUCUUUCCAUGUUGGAAGGAUUGCUGGCCGCUAUGCGCACCAAGGUCGAGGUCUAUUUGCCUACGCUUCUCAAGUUGGUGCUUUACAUUGGCAAAUUUACUCAACGCAGAAAGACGGAUGAUGACGCCGACGACGACAAUGAGGUUGAACCAAAAAAUGGCAACGAGGAUGAAGAAGAGCAACCGCUGUACCAGGCCACUGCCAAAACCAAGGAUAUCCACAAUGCUGCCGUCAAGCGUAUGGUCGAAGCAUUCCGUCUCAAUGUCAGCUUUGAUUUUUCGCCUUAUAUGCAUGUUGUUUUUGCUGCAUUCAUUUCGCCUCGUUUGCAUGCCUUGCCAAGCGAUGCACCUCAGGGCAAAUUGGCUAUCAUGGCCAUGUUCCGAACUUGGAUUGAAUUUCGCGAACGUGUCACAUACUUUGCCGACUACGAUAAGGAGCUUUUGCCACAACUGUACGGUAUCUUGGGCGCACCCAGCAUCAAGGAACAUGUCAUGAAGGAUGUACUUGAUAUCAUCGAUACACUGUUGGAUUAUUGCGAUGAAGAAAUGCAAGUUGACGAUGAUAGGUCGGUCGCUGUGUCGCUCAAGGACAAGUUGUUUGUGCCCCAUGUGGAUGUUUUGCUCCAGCACUUGCAUUUCCGUCUUACUAAGAGCAAGGACGAUAAACAAUUUGGCAGCGGCCAAUAUUCUGUCCGUCAAAUUGCCGUGGUGUCCCGCAUUGCGCCGCUCACAACCAAUGGUGAACAAGCAAGAAUCAUUGUCGAUCUGUUGCUUCCCAACUUGCGCAAGUCUAGUCGCAUCAUACCCGAAAAGACCAAGGAACAUAUUCUGUCGGUGUGGGCCAAGUUUAUGCAUCUUAUUCCUGGUUUCAAGGAGCUCAAAUUGGUGUAUUCGCAGUACUACAGUGCAGCAUCUCAACUAUUUUCCAGCUUGCGCUCACGCGAAUGUCGUACGGCCUUGCUUAACGUGUUCCAAGCCUUUGUGGAUGUCAAUCCUGCGCUUACAAAGGUCGGCGAGCUCUUGCGUGCCAUGAACACGUAUUCGGCCAAACGUUUGGAUGACCCCGACUAUGAUGGUAUUUUAGAUGCCUUGAACUCUGUCGCUGACGACUUGUACCCGACGUUUGAUCACCAGCAGUGGUUACCACUGCUUCAUCAAUUUGUGCACAACAUGCAUGAUCCCGAAGAAAUGGCACUUCGUGGUGCUGCAACGCACUGUAUGACCGUCUAUCUACGCACAGCCAAGGAUAAGCAGGAUCCUGAAGAGAAGCGUCUCUUGAUCAACUACGUGACUCACAUGAUCUUCCCUGCCAUCAAGCGCGGCUUGACAAACCAUAUCGAACUCAUCCGUAUGGAAUUUGUCAACUUGCUUAACGCUGGUAUCCAUAAGUUCCCUGAUCUUCCUGUCUUUGAAGACAUGGUGGUCUUGCUCGGCGAUGGCGAUGAAGAAGUCAAUUUCUUCAACAAUAUCUAUCAUAUGCAAUUGCAUCGUCGUGUACGUGCGCUGUCAAGACUUGCUGAUACAGCCGAAACCGGUGUAUUGAAGCCAAGCACCGUCAACAAUGUGUUUAUCCCAUUGGUCACUGCAUUCUUUUACGAGACCGACCGUGUCAAGGACCACAAUUUGAUUAACCAGUGCUGCGCGACCAUUACGUCGUUGGCCCGUCAACUGGGUUGGACGCGUUACUAUGGCAUGUUCCGCACCUACAUGGAACUGAUCGCCAAGAAAGAAGAUAUGGAAAAGGUUUAUCUCAAGAUUGUAAGUGCUAUCCUGGACGCUUUCCAUUUCGAUUUGAAGCAUGUGGAAGUGUCGGACGAACAGGCCGUCGCUGUUAUGGGUCGUCAGAAGGUGCGCAUCGAUUUCAAAUCAUCGGUGCAACUUACUGCUGAGGCAGAAAAGAAGGCUGCUGCUGAAGUAGCUGAGGCAGCCAAGCAACAGGACGGUGCAGACGGAGAAGGCGAGCAAGAGGAUGAUCAAGAAGAAGACAAGGAAAUGCCCAAGGACCUUGCUGCCAAGAUUCAUGAUACAGUCAUCCAUCGCAUGCUGCCCUCAUUAAACACCUAUCUCACAAAGACAGCAACCAAGCAGGCUGCACUUAUCCGCGUACCCAUUGCUCUUGGUGUUGCCAAGUUACUGCGUGCUUUACCAGAACGAUCCAUGCGCACCAACCUGCCCGGUCUGUUGGUCAGCUUGUGUCAGAUGAUCCGUAGUCGAGCGUUGGACGUACGUGAGACGCUUCGCGAGACAUUGCUCAAGGUCAACGCAUAUCUCGGUCCCGCCUACCUGUCAUUCAUCAUCAAGGAACUCAAGGCCGCAUUGACGAAAGGUUACGAAGUCCACGUCCUCGGCUACACGGUCAAUGUCUUGCUCGCUGAUACGAUCCCACGUCUACAAGUUGGCGAACUCGACUAUUGCUUAGAAGACAUCAUUGGCAUUUUGAUCAACGAUGUAUUUGGCAAGACAGGCCAAGAAAAGGAUGCCGACGAAAUGACAGGCAAGAUCAAGGAAGCCAGAAGCCAGAAGAGUAUGGCCACGUUUGAAAGCCUCAGCAAGGUGAUCCACUUUAACAACUUGCCCAUCGUGCUGCUGCCGCUCAAGGAUGUUAUGUCUGAAACCCAGAGCUUGAAGAUUUUGCGCAAGGUGGAUGAUAUCUUGAAGCGUGUUUCAGCAGGUCUGGUACGCAACCCAGAGUUCGAAUCGUUGGAGUUGCUCGAAUUCUCGCAUGGAUUGAUUACGGAGAAUUUGGAUACGUACAAGGCCAAGGCCAAGGCCAAGGUCGAAAAGAGCCAGCAAGAGAAAAACUUUGAAGUUCAACUGAAACGCGUUGAUACGACACCCAAGGACCAUUUGACAGUCAACGCUUACCGUUUUGUCGAUUUUGGUUUGCAUUUGCUGCUCACUGCAUUGCGUCGCAACAAGUUUGAUUCGCGCCUGGAAGAGCACAAGGCGAAACUGAAUCCAUUGGUGCCCUUGAUUUCUAGUACGCUGCAUUCAAACCAUACGAGCAGCAUUACUUUGGCGACUAAAAUCAUGCGCAUCCUAAUCACUUAUCCUUUGGAAGAAGUACCCACCGCAAUCCCUGCUGUGAUGAAACGUGCGUUCCAGCUGAUCAAGAGCGCUGGCAAUUCCCGCUCGCAACUCAUUCAGUCGUGCUUCAAGAUGAUUACAGUAUGUAUCCGUGACAAUGAUACAGCAAGACUGACCGAACACCAGCUUGUGUUCUUGCUUAAUAUUAUCCGGCCCGAUCUGGAAGAACCUGACCGUCAAAGCACCGUGUUUGCCUUGAUUCGAGCCAUCAUUGGCCGCAAGUUUAUGGCACCGGAGGUAUAUGAUUUGAUGGAUUUGGUCGGCCAAAUUAUGGUGACAAACCAAGCCAAGGAAAUCCGUGACCAAGCACGAUCUGUCUAUUUCAUGUUCCUGAUGGAUUAUCCACAAGGCCGCGACCGCUUAAAAACGCAAAUCAGCUUCAUUGUCCGUAACCUCGAGUAUGUUCACGAAACGGGCCGUGCAUCUAUCAUGGAGCUGUUGCAUCAAAUUAUUGACAAGUUCGGUGACGCUAUUUUGAUGGAAUAUGCUGAGUCCAUGUUCUUGGGUCUCAUUUUACGUUUGGUCAACGACGAAUCGGCGAAAUGCCGUGAAAUGUCUGCAGAACUGAUCAAGAUGCUUUUGGGCCGCUGCACCGACGACAAAUUGACGACGAUCUAUCGAUUGCUGGACAAGUGGAUGGACCAAUCGGACAAACCAAGCCUGCAGCGCGCUGGUUGCCAAGUGUAUGGCUUAAUCAUGGAUAACUUCAACUCCAAGUCAGUGGCGACGGGUCUGGUACCACGGUUAGCGCACUUGCUUGAAGAAAACAAGGCGUUGAAAGAGAUUCAUCCGGAUGUGGAUGACGAAGAAGAAGAAAUGGAUGUGGAUAUACCAUGGGAAGUCGCUUACUACAGUCUCAGCACGCUUUCCAAGGUCGGCAAGAGUUUCCCAGAGCUCAUGUAUGGUGAAGUAGAAGAUGCCAUGGCAAUGUGGUACGGAGUCAAGGAGAUGUUAUUGCAUCCUCACGCAUGGAUACGUGCAUCUUCUGCCCGCUUAUUUGGUCAUUAUUUCGCCAACGUCGAUGCUCAAGACCGAACACAUGCUGGUGUACGCUGCGAGUUUUUGACAAAAGAAAACUUGAGUGAUUUGGUUCUCAAGUUUAUCGAGCAACUCAAGAGCCAUUACUUGACCGAAGAUCAAGCAAGCCAGAUUGUCCGCAACUUGUUCUUCAUUUCCAAAUGUCUUUACUAUUUGCCUGCAGAUGAAGACACGCGACAACACGAGCUGGAAGACGAACAGGAACUCAAUGGUACUGCUGCUACCAAAGGAUACAAUCAAGAGGAACUCAACACUGCACAGGCCAAGUUGGAUCAACGACCCAACCGAAAUGCACACUACUGGAUGUUCCGUCGACUUACCUUCACUGCACGUGGCGGCUUACAAAACAAGGGCAGUUCCAAGAAUAUUCUCAUGCGCUCAUCCAUCUUUAAAUGCUUUGCUGCUAUCACAAAUCAUAUGCAAGCGGAAGACCUGCCUCCUUAUUUGGUAUCCAUGAUCAUGCCCAUCUAUCGCGUGACGAAUGAUCAGCAGAUCAAGGAUGACCAAGAGUUUGAUGAACUGAAACAACUUGGUAACGAAGUACUUAAUAUGGUACAACAAAAAGCCGGAUCGACGGUAUACUUUGCAGCUUAUCAGCGAGUACGCCAAAGAGCUGCAGAUGCACGACAGGAACGAAAGGCAAAACGAGCAUUAGAAGCAGUUGCAGACCCACAGUUGGCUGCACAGCAGAAGAUUGAACGACGUCAAAAGAAGCGCAAGACCGGCGGUCCCAGAAAGUUAAAAGCAACUUAUUAAUAAUAAUAAAAAGAACGAACAAUAAUGUAAAUUUUCUUUAAUCUUUUGUA